AUGCCGAUAGCCAUGCUAAAAGUCCCGCGUAUCAGCCGGCUCCACUGCACGGCCCCUCCGCACGGCCCCUCUGCACGGCUCCACUGCACGGCCCCUCUGCACGGCCCCACUGCACGGCCCCACUGCACGGCUCCACUGCACGGCUCCACUGCACGGCUGCACUGCACGGCUCCACUGCACGGCUCCACUGCACGGCUCCACUGCAAGGCUCCACUGCACGGCCCCACUGCAAGGCUCCACUGCACGGCCCCACUGCAAGGCUCCUCUGCACAGCGCUCUGUCAACCUUUUGAUCCCCACUGGUGCUUGGGGGUCUGGUGUCAGUCUACUCCAGCGUCCGCGGUCCACACAGGCACCGGUGACCCUGUCUCUGCUUCCUGGCCCUGCCUCUUAA